AUGUUGUUCUUUCCUUCUAGACUGGCCCUAGGCCUUGUUGCUACGACCUCUCUGGUCGCCGCCGGGCCUUGUGACAUCUACGCCUCUGGCGACACGCCCUGCGUCGCGGCGCACAGCACCACUCGUGCCUUGUACGAUGCAUACACUGGCUCACUUUACCAAGUGUCGCGUGCCUCUGACAAUACCACAACUGACAUUGCGCCUCUGACUGCCGGUGGUGUGGCCGAUGCUGCUGCUCAAGACACCUUCUGCGCUGGCACUACCUGCAGUAUUGCCAUAAUUUUCGACCAAUCUGGUAAUGGUAAUCAUCUCACUCGGGCUCCGCCCGGAGGUUUUGAUGGCCCAGCAGCUGGUGGCUACGAUAAUUUGGCUAGUGCUACUGGCGCACCGAUUACACUCAACGGGCAGAAGGCAUAUGGUGUCUUGAUCGAACCAGGCACGGGUUACCGCAAUGACGAUACUGUAGGCAUAGCUACAGGUGAUGAGCCGGAGGGCAUAUAUGAAGUCCUAGAUGGAACCAACUACAACGGUGAAUGCUGCUUCGACUAUGGCAAUGCAGAGACCAGUAAUACCGAUACAGGCGCCGGCCACAUGGAGGCUAUCUACUUUGGCGACAGUACUGGCUGGGGCACCGGUUCCGGCAGCGGCCCUUGGAUUAUGGCCGAUAUGGAGAACGGCCUUUUCUCUGGUGAGAAUGCUACUUACAACGCUGGUGAUCCUUCUAUCACCUUCCGAUUCGUUACUGCCAUCGUCAAGGGGGAACCAAAUGAAUGGGCAAUCCGCGGUGGCGACGCCACUUCCGGCCCGCUGUCCACAUUCUAUAAUGGUGUUCGUCCAGCUGGCUACAAUCCAAUGAAGAAAGAGGGCGCUAUCAUUCUUGGUAUUGGUGGCGAUAAUAGCAAUGGUGCUAAGGGCACGUUCUACGAGGGUGUGAUGACCGCUGGUUUCCCAUCUGACGACACCGAAGACAAGGUGCAGGCCAACAUCGUGGCCGCCAAAUAUGGCACGUCUAGCUAG